AUGAAAUCUCUUAUUCAAGAACACUUGAAUUAUUUACUGGAUAGUGAAAUAACAAGUGAUGUUGUAUUUCAACAAUUUAUUGAUUUAAAUAAUGAACAAAAUGAAAUAUUUCAGGUUAAAUAUAUUAAUAUAUUUGAGGACGUUAUUAAUGAAAAAUUAAAAAAAUUAACACAACAUGAAAUCAUCAUUAGUAAUACCAAUACGAAUUAUAAACAUAUUACGAAUUUAACAGAAGAUGUAGAGUAUUAUUAUUAA